AUGCUCAAUGAAGGCCCCAUCGGAUAUGACCAAAGAAUCCUUCCAACCCUCGAACGAGCCAUCGGCAAUUUCAGAAAGGGUGUGCAGUAUCGGGACGGAAAGACAAUAUUCUUGGAGAUUCCAUACGAGGAUGGGAUCAAGUUACCCGGUUAUCUCUACCUGCCUCCUCCUUCCAAGCGCGUACCUGAUCGGAAGAUCCCCAUCCUACUCAACUCGGGCGGAGGCGAUUCCACUCAGGAGGAAAUAUACUUUGUGAAUCCAGCGUACGGGCCGGAUGCAGGUUAUGCAGUCCUCACCUUCGAGGGGCCCGGUCAAGGCAUUGUCCUCCGUCGCGACAAGUUGCCCAUGCGCCCAGACUGGGAAGCUGUCACAGGUCCCGUCUUGGAUCAUCUCUUUGGCCUGGCUGCUCAAUAUCCCGAGCUUGAGCUAGACCUGGACCACAUUGCUGUCACUGGCGCUUCAAUGGGGGGAUACUUUGCACUCCGUGCAGCUGCAGACUCUCGCAUCAAGGCAUGCGUAAGCGUGGAUGGAUUCUACAGCCUGUCAAGCUUUGUGGGAGGCAGGAUGCCAGGGCCACUCUUCAACGGCUUUAUGAGCGGUUGGAUCACCGACGGCAUGUUCAAUGGAAUACUCAGCUUCCUAAAGAAACUUGACUUCCAGGCAAGGUGGGAAUUUAACCAUCUGAAGUGGGCUACUGCAUCCAAGACAGAUGCGGAUAUUAUGCGUAGCUUCGGGGAGUACACCUUGCAGAAUGCAGAUGGCACACAGUACCUGGCUGGCGUGAAAUGUCCAACUCUUGUGACAGGGGCAGGGGGGAGCUUCUAUUUUAACCCAGCUACCACAACAGACAAGAUUUAUGAGUGCCUCACUAGUCUCAAAGACGGCGUGGACAAGGAAAAGUGGAUUGCGACAGAUGUAGCGCGUGGAGGCCUACAAGCCAAGAUAGGUGCUUUUGGAUAUUCGGCUCAGAGAACUUUUGAAUGGCUUGAUCAAAGGUUUGAAAUUGAAAGGAAGCCUUUGACGGCCAGUUCAGACUUGGGGGACUUGGUUUGCAAGCUGAGAAUUACUACUCUAUCAUACCGCUAUUCGGCGAACAAGAAGGCCCAAAAAACAUCGGCGAGACCCCAGCUCAAUUUUGCUCAGCUAUGUGGAUUCGAGAAUUUCCUUAUCACACAUCAAUAUGACGACAAGUACCGCCUGCACCGGAAAAUGGAAUCUCUUCGAUUCGCCCUUCAAACUUUCAAUCGACCUGAUGAUAUCUUGGACCACUUGAAAACGUGGGACCUACUUAUCUAUACCUCUUUGCUUGUACAUAAUGACUUAUUACUUGGUAGUUUGGCUGCUUCCAUAGUUCUGAAGGUUACAUAUGGCUACUCAAUUGAACAAAAUGGCACCGACCCAUUGGUUGGGUUGAUAGAGCAUGCGAUGAAGAACCUGUCUCGGGCGUUCGUGCCACUCUCCUGGGCCAUUUACUCGGUUCCUGCUAUCAAGUAUCUUCCUGACUGGUUUCCUGGAAUGUCAUACAGAAAGACUGCACGGGAAUGGAAAGCCGUCAAUGAGGCCGCUGCCGAACUUCCCUAUGAGUUUGUCAAACGUCAGAUGAUACAUAAAGCCCAUCGGCCUUCAUAUUUGUCCCCAGCCGAUGAAGAGGCUAUCAAAUGGACAGCCGUUAGCCUCUAUGCUGCAGGCUCGGACAGCGCAGUCGCCAUCAUCCACAGUUUCAUAUGUGGUCUCGUCAUGUUCCCUGAUGUUGUAAAGAGAGCACAGAAAGAGAUCAACGGAGUCGUGGGUCCGGAUAGGCUUCCAGACUUCGAUGAUAGCAUCAACCUUCCUUAUGUUGACGGCAUUAUCAAGGAAGCCUGGCGAUGA